GGCUGAAGUGACGGCGCCGUAACGCGUGGAUUUCCUCACCCAGGGAGAGGAGUGCCGUCGCUCAUAAAUGGGAAAGCAGAACAAAUCGGCAACGCAUCGUCCGUGAGAAUGUCGGAGCACAGGUCCAGUUUUCUUCACAUUGGAGACAUCGUGUCUCUUUACGCGGAGGGCUCUGUCAAUGGCUUCAUCAGCACUUUGGGGCUUGUGGACGACAGAUGUGUGGUCCAGCCUGAUGCCGGAGACCUCGCCAAUCCACCCAAAAAAUUCCGAGAUUGUCUGUUCAAGGUGUGUCCCAUGAACAGAUACUCGGCCCAGAAGCAGUUCUGGAAGGCCAAACAAGGAAAGCAAGCGAACAACGAUAGUCCAGGAGAUCUGUUUAAAAAGCUACAGCACGCAGCAGAACUGGAGCAGAAGCAGAAUGAUUCUGAGAACAAGAAGCUUCUCGGAGAGAUUGUCAAGUACAGUAAUGUCAUUCAGCUCCUGCACAUAAAGAGCAACAAGUACCUGACCGUCAACAAGCGCCUGCCCGCGCUGCUGGAGAAGAACGCCAUGCGGGUUUCUCUGGACCCGGCGGGGAACGAGGGCUCCUGGUUCUACAUCCAGCCCUUCUGGAAGCUCCGCAGUGAGGGCGAUAACGUGGUGGUCGGAGACAAGGUGGUGCUGAUGCCAGUGAAUGCUGGGCAGCCUCUCCACGCCAGUAACAUCGAGCUGCUGGAUAACCCUGGCUGCAAAGAGGUGAAUGCUGUCAACUGUAACACCAGCUGGAAAGUCACCCUGUUCAUGAAGUUCAGCGACUACAGGGACGAUGUUCUGAAGGGAGGAGACGUGGUCAGACUGUUCCACGCCGAGCAGGAGAAGUUUCUGACCUGUGACGACUACAAGAAGCAGCUGCGCGUCUUUCUCAGGACCACCCUGCGGCAGUCUGCCACCUCAGCCACCAGCUCCAAGGCCCUGUGGGAGGUCGAGGUCGUCCACUAUGACCCCUGCAGGGGUGGAGCCGGCCAGUGGAAUAGUCUGUUUCGCUUCAAACACUUGGCGACUGGAAAUUAUUUGGCAGCUGAGGUGAACCCAGAAUUCAAAGACAACGUAACGGAGUCCAAAGGAGAGAAAGAGACGGAUACUGUGUACUCCAAGAAGAAGCAUCUUGCAGCAGAGAAUAUUUCCUUCACCCUGGUUUCUGUUCCCCAUGGGAAUGAUAUUGCCUCUCUGUUUGAGCUGGAUGCCACCACCCUGCAGCGGGCCGACUGUCUAGUGCCCAGAAACUCCUAUGUGAGGCUCAGGCACCUGUGCACCAACACCUGGGUGACCAGCACUAACGUCCCUAUUGAUGCAGAAGAGGAGCGGCCGGUUAUGCUCAAGAUUGGCACCUGUGCCACAAAGGAGGACAAAGAGGCUUUUGCCAUUGUAUCAGUUCCUCUAUCUGAGGUCAGAGACUUGGACUUUGCUAAUGAUGCCAGCAAGGUCUUGGAGGCUACCGUGAGGAAACUUCAGUACGGCAACAUCGCCCAGUAUGAGAGGAGAUUCGUGACGAAGCUUCUGGAGGACCUGGUAUUCUUUGUGUGUGUGGUGCCAAACAAUGGACAAAACGUUCUGCAAGUGGUCACGUCUACACCCAAUCGUGAAAGACAGAAACUCAUGAGGGAGCAAAGCAUCCUUGCCCAGAUUUUUGGGAUCCUGAAGGCUCCAUUUUCUGAUAAUGGUGAUGGUCCGAUGCUGAGGUUGGAGGAUUUGGGGGACCAGCGAUAUGCUCACUUCAAGCACAUGUUGAGUGUCUGCUACAGAGUGCUACGACACUCCCAGCAGGACUAUCGCAAGAACCAGGAGUAUAUUGCCAAAAAGUUUGCGAUCAUGCAGUCUCAAAUCGGGUAUGAGAUUCUGGCGGAGGAUACAAUUACAGCCCUGUUGCACAACAACCGCAAGCUGUUGGAAAAACACAUCACCGCCAGAGAGAUUGAAACUUUUGUCAACCUGCUGAGGCGCAACAGAGAACCCAGAUUCCUGGAUUAUCUGUCUGAUCUGUGUGUGUCCAACAAGACUGCCAUCCCCGUCACACAGGAGCUUAUCUGUAAAUUUAUGCUGAACCCCACCAACGCAGAUAUCCUCAUCCAGACCAAACUCAUUUCCAACAUGGACAGUGCACUGGACUCCUCUCUGAUGCAGGAGGAGGUGGAGGAGGAGGAGGUUUGGCUCUACUGGAUCGACAGCCACAAGGAACCUCAUGGAAAAUCCAUCCGCCAUCUGGCCCAGGAUGCAAAGGAAAGCCACAAAAUGGAUGCAGAUAUCAUAACCUACUACAGGUAUCAGCUAAACUUGUUCGCCAAAAUGUGUCUGGACCGCCAGUACCUCGCCAUCAACCAGAUCUCCACUCAGCUGCCCGUGGAUCUGAUCCUGCGCUGCAUGUUUGACGACUUCCUGCCCUACAACCUCAGAGCGUCGUUCUGCCGCCUCAUGCUGCAUAUGCAUGUGGACCGCGACCCACAAGAGUCUGUGGUUCCUGUGCGCUACGCCCGGCUCUGGACCGAGAUCCCAUCCAAGAUCACCAUCGAUGAGUUUGAAUAUGAGUUAACAGACAGCUCAAGAGAGGACAUGAAGAGGAAGUUUGCUCCCACCAUGGAGUUUGUUGAGGAAUAUCUCAAAGAUGUGGUCAACCAGCCUUUUCCAUUUGGGGAUAAAGAAAAAAAUGAGCUCACACUAGAGGUGGUGAAUCUGGCUCGCAAUCUGGUUUACUUUGGUUUCUACAGCUUUAGUGACCUGCUACGCCUCACACGCACCCUGUUGGCCAUCCUGGAUAUUGUGCAGCACCCACUCAUCUUGAUGAGCAAACAGAGCAAAAGUCUAGAGGCCGGCAACAACGUCUUGCGAACCAUUCACGGUGUGGGAGAGAUGAUGACUCAGAUGGUGAUGAGCCGAGGUGUGCCCCAAAGCCUGCCCGACCCUGCCCCCUCCCUGCGCUAUGCCAAAGGACACUUCAUGCCGGACAGUGAGGAUGUGAUGGUGAUGGACACCAAGCUGAAGAUCAUUGAGAUCCUGCAGUUCAUCCUAAGCGUGAGGCUGGAUUACAGGAUCACAUACUUAUUGUCCAUCUACAAGAAAGAGUUUGGAGACAGCUCUAUCGCUUCGACUGAUGUUCCCUAUUUCACACCCUCGGAACCAGACAUAGAUGGAAUAGCAGCCAAAGCAGAGGGCAUGUUUGCAGGAGGCUCGGAAUUAAGCGCCGUGGAGCUGGAUGAUGAGGGCGGUCGGACAUUUUUGAGAGUUCUUGUCCAUCUUAUUAUGCAAGAUUACCCACCACUGGUCUCUGGAUCACUGCAGCUCAUCUUCAAACAUUUCAGUCAGAGAGCUGAGGUGCUGCAGGCCUUCAAACAGGUCCAGCUCCUCGUGUCAGAACAGGAUGUAGAGAACUACAAACAGAUAAAGGUAGACCUGGACCAGCUGCGUCUGACGGUUGAGAAGUCAGAGCUGUGGGUGGAGAAGAGUAAAGUCUACAACAGUGAGGAGCUGGGAGUCAGGCCGAGCAAAGAACCGAACAGCGAGGAGGUGGUUCUGAGUCCAGUACAGGAUGGGGAUAUAAAACCUCAGAUUGACAGUAACAAGGCAAACAACUAUAAAAUAGUGAAAGAGAUCCUGCAGCGGCUCAGUAAGCUGUGUUAUCCGAGUAAGAAGAGUCGUGUGCAGCAGCAGAGGCUGUUGAAGAACAUGGGAGCACACACUGUCGUGCUGGACCUGCUGCAGAUUCCCUACGAGAAAAGUGAUGAGAAAAUGAAUGAGAUCAUGACUCUGGCUCACACGUUUCUGCAGAACUUCUGCAAGGGAAACCCUCAAAACCAAGUCCUGCUACACAAACAUCUGAACCUUUUUCUCAGUCCUGGGUUACUGGAAGCUGAGACCCUGCGUCACAUCUUUAUGAACAACUUCCAGCUGUGCAACGAGAUCAGUGAUCGUGUGGUCCAUCAUUUUGUCCACUGCAUUGAAACGCACGGGAGACACGUUCAGUACCUCAAGUUCUUGCAAACCAUAGUGAAAGCGGAUACAAAAUAUGUGAAGAAAUGUCAGGAGAAAGUCAUGAAAGACCUGGUGCUCGGCGGUGAGGAUGUGCUGGUGUUCUACAAUGACCGCUCAUCAUUCACCGUGCUGCUGCAGAUGAUGGGCUCAGAGCGGGAGAGGAGAGACGAGGAUGGUGCUCUGGCCUAUCACAAUACACUUGUUGAGUUGCUGGCUGCCUGCACUGAGGGAAAGAAUGUCAACACUGAGCUGAUAUGCACCUCGCUGCUACCACUCGAUGACAUUGUUAAAGUUGUGACUGAUGUGCACUGCAUACCAGAGGUGAAAACCGCCUAUGUGAACUUUGUGAAUCACUGCUAUGUGGACACGGAGGUGGAAAUGAAGGAGAUUUACACCUCCACCCACAUUUGGAGGCUUUUUGACAACUUCCUUGUGGACAUGGCUCGUGUGUGCAACUCUACAACAGACCGCAACCAUGCAGAUCUUCUUCUGGAGAAGUAUGUGACAGAGACUGUAAUGGCUAUUGUAAAGGGUUUUUUCAGCUCACCUUUUUCGGUGAACCACUCCAAUCUUCAGAAUAACCAGUCGGUCUUUAUCAAGCUGCUCCAGUCGAUUUUCAGAAUCUACAACUGCACUUGGUUAAACUCUGCUCAGAAGGGCAAUAUUGAGAGUUGUAUCAAAACACUGGCCGAUGUUGCUAAGGCACGGGCCAUAGCCAUUCCAGUUGAUCUGGACAGUCAGGUCAACACUCUGUCUCUCAAGGUCCACAGCAACAUGGUGCAGCGGGCAGUGAAAGACUGGAGGAUUUCAGCCCGCACACGGCCUCGCAAAGAGCCGCUGGGUGGCCCCGACUACAAAAACAUCAUUGAUAAACUUCAGGGGGUUGUGUCCUGUCUAGAGGAGCAGUUCCAUCCAAAGGUUCAGGCAGAAUUUUCUGUGUUGGUGGAUGUACUUCACAGCCCUGAGCUUCUGUUUCCAGAGGUUGCGCGGUUACGCUGUGAGAGUGGAGCCUUCAUGUCCAAGCUAAUCAAACAUACCAAUAAGCUUAUGGAAAAAGAGGAAAAGCUCUGUAUAAAGAUCCUUCAGACACUCCGAGAGAUGCUAGACAAGAAAGAAUGUUUUGAGGAAUCUGGAAAGGAUUUGAGAAAGAUUCUUCUCACACGCUACUUUGGAAAUCAAAAGCCUCCCUCCAAGUCGGAGCUUGGCAGUGGAAACAUCUCGUCUGGUGGCUUUGUUAAGCCGUCAUCUGGAGGUUCUGCCAUCCUGGACUCUGACAAGCCAGGCAGCAGCAUGGUGGAGAUCCAGUGUCUCCUGGACAACGUUGGGGCUUCAGAGCUGGUGAUUGACCUCAUUGUGAACACAAAGAACGACCGGGUGUUUGAGGAGAGCAUCUUGCUGGGUAUUGCCCUUCUGCAAGGCGGAAACACGCGGAUACAGAAUUCUUUCUACAGUCAGUUGUACAAGCAGAAGAAGUCAGAAAGGUUCUUCAAGGUUUUGUAUGACCGCAUGCGCUUGGCCCAGCAAGAAAUUCGAGCCACUGUGUCCGUCAACAUGUCUGAACUCAGCUGCAGAAAAUCGGAUGAGGACGGUGAUGUCACUGGCACCAGGUUAAGAAAAGGGAAAGACUCUGGGCUUCACAUGAGGGAGGACAUGCGAGGGCAGCUGAGGGAAGCCUCCUCAGUGACUUCUAAGGCCUAUUCUGCCUUCAGGAAGGAAGUGGACCCUGACAUCGAAGGCCUCGGGCAGACCAAUGAGACUACUUGGGCCGAAGAAGAUGAGGAAGUAGCCCCAAUGAGCCCCACCAUUACAAUCAUGAAACCCAUCCUACGCUACCUCCAACUGCUCUGUGAAAACCACAAUUCAGACCUCCAGAACUUUCUGCGCUGUCAGAACAACAAGACUAACUAUAAUCUAGUGUGUGAGACUCUUCAGUUCUUGGACUGCAUUUGUGGGAGCACGACUGGAGGACUCGGGCUGUUGGGUCUUUAUAUAAAUGAGAGUAAUGUGGAUCUGGUGCGCCAGACCCUGGAAACCAUCACAGAAUACUGCCAAGGCCCCUGCCAUGAAAACCAGACAUGUAUAGCCAAGCAUGAGUCCAAUGGGAUUGACAUUAUUAUUGCCCUCAUUGUCAACUCCAUCAACCCCCUGGGGAAGCAUCGACUGAACCUGGUGCUGGAGCUCAAGAAUAAUGCCUCCAAGCUCCUGUUGGCUAUCAUGGAGAGCCGCCAUGACAGUGAGAAUGCAGAGAAGAUUCUCUACAAGAUGAGACCCACUGAACUGGUGGAUGUUAUGAAGGAAGCAUACGCCGAGAGUCUGAAGAGAGGGGAGGACGAAGACAGUGUUGGGGACCCAAUCAAACCCCGAGAUGUUGGACACAACAUUUACAUCUUGGCUCACCAGUUAGCAAGACAAAACAAGCUCUUGCAGCAAAGCCUUAAGCCUGGGUCGGGGCUGGAUGAGGACAAGGACAAAGCCCUUAAUUACUAUGGCAAGCAUACCGCUCAGAUAGAGAUUGUGCGACACGAUCGAACCAUGGAGCAGAUCGUGUUCCCGGUUCCGAACAUCUGCGAGUACCUCACCGAGGAGUCCAAAGUGCGUGUGUUCACCACCACUGAGAGAGAUGACCAGGGCAGCAAAGUGAACGACUUCUUCCAGCAGUGUGACAAUCUCUACAACGAGAUGAGGUGGCAAAAGAAGAUACGCAAAAAUAAGGCUCUGUUCUGGUUCUCCCGGCACAUCUCUCUCUGGGGGAGCAUCUCCUUUUAUUUGGCCUGUCUGCUCAACCUUGCCGUGGGUGUAUUUUACCCCUUUGGUGACGAUGGAGAUGAGGGAACCUUGUCGCCUUUCUGGAAUAUCUCCCUGUGGGUGGCGUUUGGGGUCUUCACAGCAUUGCUGCCUGUUUUGCCUAAAUUGUUUGGCAUCCCGUUCUUCCUGGUCUCCCUCAUUUUGCGAGCCAUCUACACUAUGGGCCUGGCCCCCGCUCUCUUGUUGCUUGGUACUGUGAAUCUGUUCAACAAGUUAGUUUUUCUUGUAAGUUUUGUCGGCAACCAGGGAACCUUCACUCGAGGCUACAAAGCAGUUGUGAUGGACAUGCUUUUCAUAUACCACCUGGCUUAUGCCAUCGUCUGUCUUUUGGGCCUCUUUGUUCAUGAAUUCUUCUAUAGCUUUUUGUUGUUUGACUUGGUCAUCCGUGAGGAAACGCUGCUCAACGUAAUCAAGAGUGUGACGAGAAAUGGCCGCUCCAUCCUUUUGACAGCUCUGCUCGCCAUCUUUCUCGUAUACUUCUUCUCCAUCAUUGGCUUUCUCUUCCUGAAGGAUGACUUCCGCAUGGAGGUGGACCGACUGCCUGUGCCAGGAAAAAGGGAUUUACAUAUUAAUAGUGAAGGUGCAGACACAUGUUUGAAAGAUGGCUGCCCUGCAUCAACUUCCCAAUCACAUUUUGAUGAAGAUGAUGGGAUCGAGCGGGUGUGCGACACUCUGCUCAUGUGUAUAAUCACAGUGCUAAACCAGGGAUUACGUAAUGGAGGAGGUGUGGGCGAUAUUCUAAGGAGACCCUCCAAAGAGGAACCUCUCUUUGCGGCCCGGGUCGUUUACGACCUACUGUUUUUCUUCAUUGUCAUCAUUAUUGUUCUCAAUCUCAUCUUUGGAGUUAUCAUUGACACAUUUGCUGAUUUGAGGAGCGAAAAACAGAGAAAGGAGGAGAUUCUCAAAACCACCUGUUUCAUCUGUGGUUUGGAAAGAGACAAAUUUGACAACAAAACUGUGUCCUUUGAGGAGCAUAUCAAAUCUGAGCACAACAUGUGGCACUACCUGUACUUCCUGGUUCUGGUGAGAACAAAGGAUCGGACAGAGUACACCGGACCUGAGAGCUACGUGGCACAGAUGAUCACGGAGAAGAACUUGGACUGGUUCCCCCGGAUGAGAGCCAUAUCGCUGGUGAGCAGUGAGGGAGACAACGAGCAGAACGAGAUGCGAUCCCUGCAGGAGAAACUGGAAAAUACUGUGAUGCUGGUGUCUCAGCUCUCUGGACAGCUGUCUGAGCUCAAAGAGCAGAUGACAGAGCAGAGGAAGAACAAGCAGAGGCUCGGAUUCCUGGGUCCUCCCCAGCCCAGCCAUCAAAUCCCAGCACUCUGAGGGCUGUUAGGAUGCCCAGUUACCGAGGGACUUUACCCACAAACUCCAGCCUUAAGAACAAUAAACACGCACCAACCAUCCCUGAUACUGAAGUGCUAGAAUCCAGCAAACGGUGACACUUUUUUUUUUUCUGGCAAGACGCUUCGUCUAUGACAAAAAACUCUCCCAUUUUGGAGGGUAAAUGUGCCUUAUGAGUCACAAGGAGCACAGAGAUGCUUCCCUCUGUGAAUGAUUGGCCAUGCACAGCUCCCGUCUGCCAGUGUGGUGUUAGUGCGCCAGACAGAGGUUCAGGGAAAUGUUAGGGUAGGGUUAAUGGUUAAAUGCUGUCAGGUCUGUGGACAGCCUGUGUUGGCCUACGGUGC